AGGAGGAGGAUGAGGCGGCGCUGGAGGAGCUGCUGGGACCGUCUCCGCUGGCCCCGGGGCCCGGCGCCCAGCGCGUUGCCAUCGUGCACCCCGCGGUGAAGUGGGGCCCGCAGAAGUCACCGCUCACCACGGCUGAAUUACAGAUUGCUGAAGCUGUUGCUCUUGUAGACACUCUUCAGAAUUGGACAGUUCUGGAUAAAAUCAUUAUUCCUACCAAAAAUCGCAACAAGAAGUUUGUUUUUGGCAAAGGAAACUUUCAGGUUUUGACAGAAAAGAUUAAAAAAUUGCCCCAUGUGACAGCUGUCUUCUUGAAUGUGGAAAGAAUAUCUUCACUAACAAAGAAAGAGCUAGAAGGUGCCUGGGGUGUGCAAGUCUUUGACAGAUACACCGUGGUACUUCACAUUUUCCGCUGUAACGCCCAGACCAGAGAAGCAAAACUGCAGAUAGCAUUGGCUGAAAUUCCACUUCUCAGGUCACAUCUGAAAAAUGAGGUGUCUCAGCGAGAUCAACAGAGAGGUGGUUCAAGAUACAUCAUGGGCUCAGGUGAAACAUUUCUAGAAACACAGAAUCGUGUCUUGAAAGAUAGAGAACUUAAAAUUAGGAAUGCCCUGGAGAAACUAAGGAGAAAAAGGGCUUUACUUAGAACUCAGCGCAGAAAAAGCGAGUUCCCGAUGAUCUCAGUAAUGGGCUAUACCAACAGUGCAAGUAAAUUUUUUCAUUUGACAACAGAAGCAUUGAGGUGUGUAAAUGCAAGCUUCCUAAUGCUGUCAUGGCAGUGCUCUUCAGAGAGUCUUACAGGAAAAACUACUUUGAUCAAAGCCUUGACUGGGGAAGCAGGACUUCAACCCAGGGAUCAGCUGUUUGCCACUCUGGAUAUUACAGCCCAUGCUGGCUAUCUGCCCUCACAUAUGGCAGUUAUUUAUGUUGACACCAUUGGGUUUCUGACUGAUCUUCCACAUAAUCUGGUUGAGUCAUUUUCAGCUACACUAGAAGAAGUGGCUUACUCAGAUCUGAUAGUUCACGUGAGGGAUAUUACUCAUCCAGAAACCAUCCUACAGAAAGCAACUGUUCUGUCAGUUCUGAGGAAUCUUAAUCUUCCUAGCCAUUUACUGGAUUCAGUGGUAGAAGUUCAUAACAAAGUGGAUUUGAUAGAAAGUUAUAAACCUGCUGAAGAAAAUGCUUUUGCUGUUUCUGCUCUGCAUGGGCAUGGUUUAGAAGAACUGAAACAAGAAAUAGAGAAAAAAAUACUGACAGCAACAGGGAAGAAGAUUCUAACAGUAAACAUCAACUUAGAGGGACCUCAGCUAAGUUGGCUCUAUAAAGAAGCAACAGUUCAGGAAGUUGAGGUCAUGCCUGAAGAUGGCACAGCCAGGGUGAAGGUGAUAAUCAGCAGUUCUGCUUUUGGGAGAUACAAAAACCUCUUUCCCAACAGUCAGAUUUUCAUGUCAUGAAACUUCAUCCUGUUGUAGGAGAAGAAACUGAUCUCCUCAAGAGGAUGUGAAAUGAAGUGAACGACCUGUUAGUCUCACUGCUGAACAGUUUAUUUUUCUUCCCCACUUGAUGGUUUUGGCACAUUUUAUAAAUGGACACUGUUUCAGAAAACUUCUGUAUGGAAACAAUAAGAGCUUUGAGCUUAAUUUUGUCAGCAAGUACCAGGACAGCACUAAAUUUUUUAUGUUAAACAUGUUGCUGGAUAUAAGCUGAGGACCUCAAACAUGUGGACUGGCAUCUGACUUAACCUUCAGAAAAGUACAAAGUUUCUUGUAUAAAUAAAGCUUUUUAUUGCCUUUUUCAGAAGAAAAUAGUAUUUAUUGUAGUUAAGGUGUUUCAGAUGGUCUUCAGAAAAUGAAAUUUAGUGAACAAAAUGUUGUUAAUUGUAUAUAAAUAUUGAAGAUAAAUACGUGUUCAAGCAGAAUGCAUGGAUGUCAAAUAAUUGCCAUGUCUUAUUGCAGAGAAGAGAAAGAAAAUGAAUUCAGACAUUAAAUAAAGUUAGCUGUGAACAUCUUUUACCCAUA